GGUCCUCCGAGCUUUUCGGGCCCGAGUGGUCCGCCGGCUGCUGGGGCGGCCGAGGCCCGAGGCCGGGGCCGUCGGCGGACCGGGCCGCCGCGAUGCCGGGCUUCACGUGCUGCGUGCCGGGCUGCUACAACAACUCGCACCGGGACAAGGCGCUGCACUUUUACACCUUCCCCAAGGACGCGGAGCUGCGGCGCCUGUGGCUUAAGAACGUGUCCCGUGCCGGCGUCAGCGGCUGUUUCUCCACUUUCCAGCCCACGGCUGGCCACCGCCUGUGCAGCGUCCACUUCCAGGGCGGCCGUAAGACCUACACGGUGCGCGUCCCCACCAUCUUCCCUCUGCGCGGAGUCAACGAGCGCAAGGCGCGGCGGCCUGGGGCCGGUGGGGCGGCCGGGGCUGCUGCCCGACGGAGGCAACAGCAGCAGCAACAGCUACAGCUGCAGCAGUUGCAGCAGCAGCAGCAGAACCCCCAGCAGCCGCAGCCACAACCCGCAGCGCUUCCGGCCCCCUCGCAGGCAUCCCUGGUGUCCGCCUCAGCCGCAGUACUGCUUACCCUGCAGGCGGCGGUGGACAGUGGCCCCACUGCCGCUGCUGCGCCCCCGCAGCCCCCAUCCGGGGAUGACGUGAAGCCCAUCGACUUGACAGUGCAGGUGGAGUUCGCCUCGGCAGAAGGGGCCGCUGCCCCGGAGCUCGGUGUCCCCGCUGCGGUGCCGGCCGCGGCUUCCGGGCCCAGGCUGGUGGUGGUGGGCGAGGAGGGCUUCCCCGACACGGGCUCGGACCACUCCUAUUCCCUGUCGUCGGGCACCACUGAGGAAGAACUGCUUCGGAAGCUGAACGAACAGCGAGAUAUCCUGGCCCUGAUGGAGGUUAAGAUGAAGGAAAUGAAAGGCAGCAUUCGCCACCUGCGACUCACAGAGGCCAAGCUUCGGGAGGAGCUCCGAGAGAAGGACCGGCUGUUGGCCAUGGCUGUUAUUCGCAAGAAGCACGGGAUGUGAGGAAGGCUCCUGUAUCCUGCCUGCCCCCAAAACUGAACUCCUGGGUUACCAUCUGCCUGCCAGCUCUGCCUGGGCUCAGGGUAGCCCCUGCCUUCGACAACAGUUGGACUCCUGGACAGUACCCCACUCUCCCUCCCCCUUCCUCUGCAGUUGGACUUCUGGCCUGGCAUCCUUGACUGCAGACAGAGUGAGCCCAGGCACCCUCACUUGUUGCCUCCUAUCCUCAGACUUUCUGACAUACUACUGCACUUAGCCCAAACACCUUCUUGAGGCAGGGGCCUGGGGUGGCUGGGGCCCCCAAAAUUUUGUGCAUGUCAUGCCAGCUGCUAUGACCGGAACUUGUUCAGCUGUUUGUUUGGAACUCUUUUUAUGACCAUAGGAUUUAAAGUGAUCACUGUUUGGAACUCAUCCCUUAGGGUUAUGGGUGGGGAGGCUGGCUCCAGAGAACCCAUAUUGGGGGGAACAUGACCUUGGAGAUGAUCUGAGACAGCCCCUUUGUGUGUAGUGAUAAAGGCAGAGCUGGAACCCAGGUCCCGAGAAGCAUCCAAUGCUUAUUCCCUCUUCCUCCUGUCCCUCCACCUUUCAGCUUUUCCUUUCCCUAUCCCAGUUUUGGACUGUGAUUCUAAUAGGGGGAUGUGAUAAACUGGAGUCAGAUCUAUUAAGUUUUUCCUGGGUGGUGUGAGCAGGAUGCUUCCCUCUCUUUCUCUUAUCUGACAAUUUGUCUUUAAGGGGGAGCUGGGUAACCUUUCUGAGGUAAACCCAAUUUGCCAGGGACUUGGUUUUUUUUUUUUUUUUAACCAAAAGGAAAAAAACCAAACCUAUCCUGGUGAUAUGUUUGCUACUGGUUACAAAAAUUAUAUUUUCUGUACAAUUAGACUAAAGUUUUCACUGUGUCCUGUUUGGCAAAGCAAAUUAAAAAUGUAAGGUUUUUAUUUGGG